AUGGAAAAAAUAUCAAUUAGGGGAAUCGAUGGAAUUGAUCAGGGUUCUCCUUCAAUUGUCGUAGGUCCAAUCUGUGCAAUGGAAAAUUUUACUUCAUCGUACUUUUCAUGGCUCAAGGUCACGGCUCGCUGCUCGUGGUCGGACGAUGUGGUUGUCGUGAAAUUGGAGCUUCGGUCGUUGAUGGAUGGGGUCUGCUUGGCCGCGACUAAGCAUCGCAAAUCCUCAACGAGUAGGCUCUUGCCGCCGCAGGAAUUCAACCAUGGUUCAUCCACAUCUCUCUCCGUACUUCUCCCUUCGCACAAGACAUUCAUCAUAAAGAAGAAGCUGGCAAAGAAGCAGAGACAGAACAGGCCUAUUCCUCACUGGAUCCGCCUGCGCACCGACAACACCAUUCGCUACAACGCCAAGCGCCGCCACUGGCGACGCACUAAGCUCGGCUUCUGA